AUGGUUUUCCUCUCCACCCAGCAAACCGCCAAGAUAGAUGCGAUCCUGAGAGAUGCAGUGACUGCGCAGAAGACUCCAGCCCUGUCCCUCGGUUUCGUAACUGCAAAUUCUCCAAUCUAUAUGCGUCACUAUGGCACAAAACUCUUCGACGAUCCAUCGAGUGAGGCCAUAACUGAAGACACUGUCUACUGGAUGUGCAGUCAAACCAAAUUAAUCACGUCUCUUGCUGGUCUCAAACUCAUUGAGCAGGGCAAGAUCCAGCUCGACACGCCCGUCGAAACCAUCCUACCCGAACUGGCCAACCCAGUCGUAGCAACAGCCCAUGAUGCCACCGGCGCGAUAACUGCAUCCAGACCAGCGGUGGGAAAAAUCACUUUUGGCCAGCUUCUCAAUCAUUCGAGCGGAUUGGACUACUUCGUAGAUGGACGCACAUUUGCUAGCGGCAUCAUGAUGCAUGAUUCCUAUUCCCACAGCUACAAGGAUCAAGAUGUGUCGGAAUUCUUCAAGAUUCUCCAGGGUCCAUUGGCCGGUGUUCCCCUUAGAUUCGAUCCCGGGACUAGCUUUGCUUACGGGUUCUCGAGUGACUGCAUCGGAUUUAUCGUGGAGAGACUGUCUGGUCAAUCCCUUGAACAAUAUUUCAAGGAGUACAUAUUUUCGCCAUUGGGAGUCACUUCAGCCUCGUUUUAUCUGACUCCGGAGCUUAAGGAGAGGUUGUUACCAUUGUCUUUCCGUCGCCCGGAUGGAACAAUCGAAAGAUGGCCACGCCCUCCUGUGAUCGAAGCAGAACCAGCCCAUAUCAAAGUUCAUCUUGGAGGAGUCGGCCUGUAUGCAACCCAGAAAGAUUAUUUGAAGAUCCUGCAACACCUCCUCGAGAUACUGGCUGGUACUGCCUCCCAUCCAAUCCUCUCAGUGUCUUCUGUUGCCUCUCUAUUCGCAGAGACACUUACUCCUGCUGGUGCGGAGCAAGCUGCUCUAAUCACCAGUCCUGUAUUUUCCUCUAUUGGCGUUCCUACCGGAAAUUCGCAGUUUGGAAACGGUCUGGCUGUUUUAACUGCUGAUGCACCAGGUCAUCGGAAGAAAGGAUCGGGUCUCUGGGGAGGUUGGGCAUCAACAAGCUACUUCAUCGACCCAGCGAGCGGAGUCGCCAUGGUGUUUGGAACGCAGUUGGCUCCCACCGGUGACGAGAUAGUCCAGAGGGUGUGGGCUGAGCUUGAAGGGGUUGUCUAUACCGCUGUCCCUAAAUAG